GCUUAAUCGCUUCGCAAAAUGACUGUGCCUCUACACAGCUCAAUGUCGGCAUGUAUCAUCGUAGACGAGAGUGGAAUUCAUCGCACGAUUGCGAUCCUUCAUCACACUCUUCUCGCGACGUCAACAAUCAAGGAGCUGCACAAACGACCAUCUUGAUCACAAUGUCGGUCAAGUCAGCAAUAGUGGAUCGUAUUGACCGUAAGCUCCAGUGCUCUCUAUCGAGGGACACCAAUAUUCGCCGGCUGCACAUAAAUAUGCAACAGCCCACUUCUAGGGCUUAUGCUGUCUGCAUGCUUGAAAAAAUUAUUGCGAUCGUCGUCAGUUUUACGGUCGUCGUCAGCGAAGCAAUGUCCUGACACUAACAGUACUUCCGAUAUCCAACAGGCAUCAGUGUCUAGCCCUACAAGCUGUAACAUCAGCUAUCUGCAGAGGACACUCAAAGUAGGUAACUCAAGCGAACUUUGAGGAUUAUAUGUAGGUCAAUCACUGUCCCUCUUCUGUCUCUUUCCUAAAACCAUA